AUGCGGCGGGCGAUCCCAUACAUCGCGAUUAACUUUCGCCGCGAUAAGAUUUGGCUUCGACGAACCAGGCCCAGCAAACGAGAGUUUCAGAUCGUGGUGGCCAUCGACGAUUCCAAGUCAAUGGGCGAGAAUGGCGCUGGCAGAUUGGCGAUGGAGGCGCCGGCCACGAUGGCGUUGGCGUUGCAGCGGCUGGAGGCGGGUGAAUUGGCAGUGCUGCGGUUUGGUGCCCAGGUGGAAGUGUUGCGGCAGUUGGCGCCGGCUCAGGAGCUGUCAGGCGAGACGAUCGCCUCGUUUUGCGGCGCGUUUGGCUUCCAACAAGAUCACACGUCGUGGAUCGAGCUGUUGAAGUGCAGCACAGGGCUGCUGCAGCAGGGACGGGAGCGAUAUACGCCACGUGUCCCGCUCGACCAGCUGUUGUUCAUCAUUUCAGACGCACGAAUCCAGGAAGAUCGGCAGCAGGUGCUGCGACAGGUGCGGCUGGCCCACGAGCAGGGGCGUAUGGCGGUGGUGGUGAUCCUUGACCCUCGCCCGGAGGCCUCCUCGAUCGUUCGGCUCAAGACAGUAACACAGCUGGACGGUAAGCUGAUGGUCCACAACUACCUGGACACCUUUCCGUUCCCUUAUUACGUUGUGAUUCGUCGCUUGAACGACCUGCCGUCCGUCGUUGCCGAUGCUCUGCGCCAAUGGUUUGCGCUGCGCUUGGCCGAGGGCGAAGCGGCGGGCAGCGCCGGCCGAUCCAGCGGAGGAGCCAGAGGGAUGAUGGGCAGCGGCAUGCGGCGGCGAAGCAGGAUGAAUGCGGCGCUGCGGUGGCUGAGCAGCGAAAGCAAGAAAGAUGUGGUGGUCGUGGGCGGUGGGCCUGGCGGCUACGUUGCGGCGAUCAAGGCGGCGCAGCUGGGGUUGAACGUGGCGUGUGUGGAGGCGCGAGGGAAGCUGGGCGGCACAUGCUUGAAUGUGGGCUGUAUCCCAUCCAAGGCACUGCUGCAUAGCUCUCACUUUUACCAUGAGGCGCAACAUAACUUUGCAUCCCAUGGCGUGGCGUGUGGGUUUAUGCUGGAUGGUGGUGGCAAUGUCAUGAUGCAGAACAAGCUGGAUGCCGUGGAAGGUCUCACAUCUGGCAUCGAAGGCUUGUUCAAGAAGAACAAGAUGGAGUACGUCAAGGGCUUUGGCAAAGUCACUGGAGCCAAUGAGGUGUCGGUCGAGCUUCUGGAAGGGGGUAAGCGAUCGAAACGCGAGGAGCUAUGUUGGACGGUCUUUAACGUUGGGCUUCGUAUCAAGAUCGACGAAGAAGUCACUGUGUCGUCGACAGGCGCGCUUUCGUUGUCGAAAGUCCCAGAAAAACUGGUCAUCAUUGGAGCCGGAGUUAUUGGCCUCGAGUUGGGAUCUGUAUGGGGCAGACUUGGUGCCCAAGUUACAGUAUUGGAGUAUCUAGACCGGAUCACGCCUGGCAUGGAUAGUGAUACGGCGAAGAACUUUCAGAGAAUUCUUCAGAAGCAGGGCAUUGAUUUCAAGCUGGGCAUGAAGGUUUUGAGCGCGGAACGUGAAGGGAGUGGUGCCAAGGUCGUGGCCGAGCCAGCAAAAGGAGGUGAUCAGGAGACGUUUGAAUGCGACAAUGUCUUGGUAGCCAUUGGCCGGCGUCCAGUGACGAAAGGGAUGGGAUUGGAAGAAGUAGGGGUCAAGAUGAACGAGAAGGGCGUAAUUCAGACCGAUGCUCAUUUCCAGACUUCUGUGCCAUCGAUCUACGCCAUUGGGGACUGUAUUCCUGGACCAAUGCUGGCGCACAAGGCUGAAGAUGAAGGCAUUGCAUGUGCUGAGCUGCUCGCCGGGAAAGCAGGGCAUAUCAACUACGAUGUGAUUCCAUCUGUGGUGUACACGCAUCCAGAGAUUGCUUGGGUAGGCAAGACUGAGGAGGAGUUGAAAGAAGCUGGCGUUGCCUACAAUGUGGGGAAAUUCAACAUGAUGGCGAACAGCAGAGCGCGAACGACAGGUGAGUGUGUCGCGUCGAAACGAUACAUUGUGCUGUUGGAUGUGAUGGUUUCUUGUUGUCAGGUGAUGCGACCGGAUUUGUCAAGUUCUUAUCAGACAAAGAAACGGAUCGUGUGCUUGGUCUACACAUCAUUGCGUCGGUGA